CAUAAAAUUGUCUCAGUUUUUAUUUAUCUAUCUAUUUUUUUCAAUCCCCUGUUUCCUGUUUUAUACAAUUCUCUCUCGGCAAUGUCUAAAUGAAUGAAGGUACAGUCAAAGAUAAAAGUCGUCAUAAAGUUCUAUAUUGUUUUAGCAAAUAAAAGGCGCUCAUGAGUUCAGCUCGGAUACCUCGUCUUGGCUGUGGUUGACUAUAAAAACACACGUAUAUACUUUCUUUCUCCUCAAAAACCACAUACACCAAACAAAUGAACCUCAUUUCAAAUUAACAAACUUUUAAUUAUUUAUUUUAUAUUCUUCAACCAAUUCCCUCUCUCUCAACUCUGAAAUUCUGAAUACUUAGCACAAUGAUUGAGAUACUUCUUCCAUAUCUCUUACUUGUUCUCUUCUUAAUCCUUCCCAUCCUCUUCAUCUUCACACGACCAAAGAAGAAACAAACACCUCUUUCAUCUUCAACCAACAAGAACAACAUCACCAUCCCAAAGUCAUACCCAAUAAUCGGUUCCUACUUAUCCAUCAGAAAAAACAUGAGAACCCGCCGCAUCCAAUGGCUCUCCGACGUAACCCAAAUCGCACCCGCCGCCACUUUCAGACUCAACCGUCCCUUAGGCUCACGCCAAAUCAUCACCGGUAACCCAUCCACCGUUCAACACAUUCUCAAAACCCAUUUCACCAAUUACCAAAAAGGAACCACCUUCACAAAAACCCUCUCCGAUUUCUUAGGAAACGGAAUCUUCAACACAGACGGCGCUACCUGGAAGUUCCAAAGACAAGUCGCUAGCCACGAAUUCAACACAAAAUCACUCCGUAAUUUCGUCGAACACGUCGUCGACACAGAACUCACCAACCGUUUAAUCCCAAUCCUUACUUCAUCAUCCCAAAACAAAACAACCCUCGAUUUUCAAGACAUCCUCCAACGUUUCACUUUCGACAACAUCUGCAAAAUCGCGUUUGGUUUCGACCCAGAAUAUCUAACGCCGUCAACAAACAGAACCCAAUUCGCACAAGCUUUCGAAGACGCAACCGAAAUCAGUAGCAAAAGGUUCCGUGCACCGUUACCAAUCAUCUGGAAAUUAAAAAAACACUUCAACAUAGGUUCGGAAAAGCGUCUGAAAGAAGCAGUAAAAGAAAUACGCGAUUUCGCAAAAAAAAUAAUUCAAGAAAAAAAGCGAGAACUAAACAAAAAAUCGCUUGAAACAGAAGACAUGUUAUCACGUUUUUUAAGCUCUGGUCACGCAGAAGAAGAUUUCGUAACAGAUAUAAUCAUAAGUUUUAUUUUAGCGGGAAAAGAUACAACUUCAGCAGCGCUGACGUGGCUUUUCUGGCUAUUAUGGAAAAAUCCACGUGUCGAGGAAGAAAUAUUGAAGGAAAUAAAAUUGAAAUCUGAGUCACUGGUUUAUGAUGAAGUGAAAGAAAUGGUUUAUACGCACGCGGCGCUUAGCGAGAGUAUGAGAUUGUAUCCACCUGUUCCCAUGGAUAGUAAAGAAGCGGUAAACGACGACGUUUUGCCGGAUGGGACGGUUGUUAAAAAGGGUACAAUGGUAACUUUUCAUGUUUAUGCGAUGGGGAGGAUGGAGAGUUUAUGGGGUGAUGAUUGGGCCGAGUUUAGGCCCGAAAGGUGGUUGGAGAAAGAUGUGAAUGGGAAGUGGGUUUUUGUUGGGAGAGAUUCGUUUAGUUAUCCUGUUUUUCAGGCUGGGCCGAGGAUUUGUUUGGGGAAGGAAAUGGCUUUUAUGCAAAUGAAGAGGAUGGUUGCUGGUAUUGUUGGGAAGUUUAAGGUGGUGCCUGAACCUCAUUUAGAUGAACAUCCGAAUUUCAUUUCUUUCUUGAGUUCGCAGAUGGAAGGUGGGUUCCCUGUCACCAUUCAAAAAAGGAUUCCUUAAUUAAUAUGUAUUUCAUUUUAGUACUACUUUCCAUUAAUUAAUGCACUAGUUUUUAUUUGACUUCAUGUUUAGGAUAGACUCGUUCCGUAAAUUCAUAUAGCGUGUUUUGUUUUGUCUCUUCUUGUUGCUUGUAGCUUCACCCUUGAAGGCAAUGUAUAGCUGCUUAUUUAUUUUAUUUCGUUAUUAUUUUUUAUUAA